GGGAAAACCCGAUUCGUUUGUGAAAGAAGGGGAUCCGCAGAACCAUAUACAAAUCCCCUCUUCAUUUUCAUUGUGAAAACCCCUCUCUUAUCGAACCUCCAGAAAUCGGAAAACCACCAUAUACACAUGGAAGUGACCGCAGAGAAGAGAGAAUUGGAUAAUAACAAUAAGAACAAUCAAACCCUAAAUAUCGAUCCGUUGACUGCUGUAGAGGAUCGCGAACGCAUCGCUCUUGACCUUAAAGCCGGCUUGCAUCCUCUCAAGAACAAGUUUGUUUUCUGGUACACCCGCCGGACACCUGGGGUUCGAACACAAACAUCGUACGAGGAUAAUAUAAAGAAAAUUGUUGAUUUUAGUACUGUUGAAGGUUUUUGGGUUUGCUACUGCCACUUGGCUCGCCCAUCAACAUUGCCCAGCCCAACUGAUUUGCAUCUUUUCAAGGAGGGUAUUCGUCCAUUAUGGGAGGAUGCUGCUAAUUGCAAUGGUGGGAAGUGGAUAAUUCGUUUUAAAAAACCUGUCUCUGGACGUUUUUGGGAGGACCUGGUUCUGGCUUUGGUAGGUGAUCAACUCGAUUACGGUGACAACAUAUGUGGUGCAGUUUUAAGCAUUCGUUUCAAUGAAGACAUAUUGAGCGUGUGGAAUCGUAAUGCAUCAGAUCAGCAGGCUGUGAUGGCAUUGAGAGAUUCAAUCAAGCGACACUUGAAGCUUCCCGGUGGCUAUGUCAUGGAAUACAAAGCCCAUGAUGCUUCCUUGCGCGACAACUCAUCAUACCGCAAUACUUGGAUAAGAUCAUAAAUAGUUGCUAAACUCUUAUUUUGCUGUUAAACUUUCAGAAGAGAGAUUGCAUAGUUUGGUUGGUAUUCGGUCAAGUGAUUUUCAUGGCAUGUUGUACGAGCUACCAGUCGUGGCAAAAUCUCAGAUUACCAACACUUUGAUCUUUUAGUUGUCUGUAGUUCGUCUAAAGUGCAUGCACUUGACUCUAUUGAGUAUUGACAAAUGGGUUUCCCAGUA